GUCUCUGGAUCCGGGAUGGAGCUCUCGGAGGUCCCCGUCCCCCUCCCCCCUCCCAGCGCUCCCAGCACCGCCGCAUCGCACUUCCCGGCGCCGCCCCCGAGGCGCAGCAGCCCCGUUCCCCGCCCGUUCCGCCGCGCUGGGCGUUACCGGGACCGCGCAGGAAGCUCCCCCGCCCCCCCGGGCCGGGCCGGGGCGGGUCCGGGGCCAUGCACGGCGGCGGGGGCGGCGGGACAGCCCGGCAGCCGAAAGCCCGGGACCGGGAGGGCGAUGGAGCCGCGGGGGAUGCUCAUCCUCCUCAUCCUCCUCGCUGCCGGUUCCGGGGCCAACGGGAGCGGCGGAGGUGACACCUCGCCGCAGCGCCACGCGGAACCGGAUCCCUCCUGGCACGUGACCCCCCAGGUCUUGUUGGACAACCGGACACUCAGCCUGGCAGAGGCGACUCAGGGGGGGUUCCCGGCGCAUCUGCGGGUCCUGCUGGAGCUGGACGGGACGAGGCUGGAGCUGGAGCUGAAGCAGAACUGGGAGCUGGUGCUGGGCGCCGGGGCGCUGCUCUACUACCUGCCCAACGGCACACGGGUGACGCAGGAGGCGAGCGAGCAGGAACAUUGCUGCUACCAAGGGACGGUGCGAGGUUUCCCCGGCUCUUGGGCCAAGCUCUGCGCCUGCGCCGGGCUCAGCGGCCACAUCCAGCUCUCGGAGACCAGGAGCUACGAGCUGGAGUCGGAUGCUGACGGCUCCCCGGAGCACCGCGUCGCGUACCAGCCGCGAGAGGUCCGGUUGGCACCGCGGGCACGUGGGCACGGCGCCCUGGACCCCGCCAGGCUGGAGACAGAGGAGACAGAGCCUCCCCAGCUGCAGCGGGGCAAACGGGCGCUGGUGGAGCAGCAGCGCUUCGUGGAGCUGGUGAUGGUGGUGGACCACGCUGCGUUCCAGAAUUACCCCGACCUGCAGCGCGUACGCACGCGGACUUUGGAAAUCGCCAACCAGGUGGAUGCGUUUUUCCAGCCACUGGGAGUGCGGGUGGCUCUGCUGGCGGUGGAGGUCUGGAGCGAAGGUGACCGGUUUGUGGUGGGCGGCAGCGCUCGGGCUGCGCUGGAGCGGUUCCUGCGUUGGCGCCACGAGGAGCUGCUGCCCCGGCUGCCCCACGACAACGCGCAGCUCCUGACGGGCGCCCGUUUCGAGGACGUCGCCGUUGGGAUGGCAACUCAAACCUCCAUGUGUUCCCCUACUCGCUCCGGGGGGGUCAGCAUGGACCACUCCGUCAGCGUCCUCGUGGUCGCCUCCACCGUGGCCCAUCAGCUGGGGCACAACCUGGGCAUGCGGCACGACGACGCCAAGCGCUUCUGCGACUGCAGCGACCUCCGGCAGGACCGCGGCUGCAUCAUGGCAUCGCCCACGGGGCUGACGCCGGGCUUGAGCUUCAGCAACUGCAGCCGACAGGAGCUGCAGCGCAGCCUGCGGCGCGGCCAGGGCUGGUGCCUCUCCAACGUCCCCGAGCCCCUGCGCUUGGCUGCAAGUCCCCGCUGCGGGAACGGCUUCGUGGAGCCCGGAGAGAGCUGCGACUGCGGCCUCAGCUUGGAAUGCACCGAUCCCUGCUGCAACAGCACCUCGUGCCAGCUGCUGCCCGGUGCCGCGUGCGCCGCAGGCGACGCCUGCUGCCAGGACUGCCAGUUGCUCCCUGCUGGCCACCCCUGCCGCGAGCCGCUGGGCGAGUGUGACCUGCCGGAAUUCUGCGACGGCGUCUCACCGCGAUGCCCGCCCGACGCUUUCGUGCAGGACGGGCAGCCCUGCGCCGGCAAGCGGGCGCGCUGCUACGGCGGCGCCUGUGCCACCUACGAGGGGCAGUGCCAGCAGCUGCUGGGGCCGGGUGCCGCACCCGUCUCCAGCGCCUGCAUGGUCGCCCUCAACGCCAGAGGGGAUGAACGUGGUCACUGCGGGCGGAUCGCCAACGGCUCCUACACCGCCUGUGCCCAGCAGGACGCGGGCUGUGGGCUCCUUCAGUGCCAGCGUUCCCCCCCUUCUCCUGGCGCAGCCGCAGGGUCCUGCCAGGGCCCCCCCGUACCCGGGGACGAGGACGUGAGCGACGCAUCCAUGGUACUGCCCGGCACUGCCUGCGGCGCCGGCAAGGUUUGCCUCCGACACCGCUGCCAGGACGUGGCUGUGUUGGUUGACCGGCAGUGCCAGGACAAGUGCCACGGGCACGGGGUGUGCAACAACCACGGCCACUGCCACUGCGAGCGCGGUUGGGCCCCCCCGACCUGCGAGAGCGCCGGCGCGGGCGGCAGCCAAGACAGCGGCCCCGUCGCCCCGCUGCGAGGCGGGAGCACGCUGCCCACCGCGCUGCUGCUGAGCGCGCUGCUGGCGCUGGCGCUGGCGCUGGGGCUGCGCUGCGCCCACCGCGCCGGCUUGCACAAACACCUCUGCCAACUCGGCAAAGGCACCUCCUGCCAGUACAGCACCGAGCCCCGGCUCCCAUUCCUGGGUCCAGAAGCCCCAGACGGCUGGAGCGGGAUCUCGCAGCCGGAGCCGCGCUCGGGCAGUCAGGGUCCCCCCGAGCGACCACCGCCGCCGCAGUGGCGCCAGGCCAGGGAGCUGCAGGUCAUGCAUAGCAGCAAGCUCGGAGCAUCCCUCCUGCCGGGGCCGUGGGGUUUGACAUGGUGGCACUCGGGGAGAGGAGCAGCCUGGCACAGCCUGGGAUGGUGCUGCUGCGGUGCCCUGUGCCACGUUCAGCACCAGUAGCGAUGCACUGUGCCACGCUGUGCACUGGUCGCGAUGCCCUGUGCCACUCUCAGCAGUGGUCACGAUGCCCUGUGCCAUUCUCAGCAAUGGUCGCGAUGCCCUUUGUGCCACUCUCGGCACUGGAUGUGAUGCCCUGUGCCACUCUCAACACUGGUCGUGAUACCCUGUGCCACACUCAGCACUGGUCGCAAUGCCCUGUGCCACUUUCAGCACUGUUGUGAUGCCCUGUGCCACUCUCAACACUGGUCGCGAUGCCCUUUGUGCCUCUCUCAACACUGUCAUGAUGCCCUGUGCCACUCUCAGCACUGUUGUGAUGCCCUGUGCCACACU